GUCCGCGGUCCGCCCUCAUUGUUCGGGCGCGGUGGACACGGGCGAGCGGGUGUGCGCGCGCUCCGCACCGGACCCAGCCCGAGGUGGUGACGCUUGACCGGACCCGGACGGAACCCAGGGCGCCGGACCUCCCGUUCCGGUGCCGUGCGCGUGCGCGUGCGCCCUCCUGCGCGCGCGCGCGCGCCUCUGCGGAGCAGACAUGGAGGAGCGCGCGCGCUUCCAGAGGAGAAAACAAGCAAACCCGCGCAGGAAGAACGAGUUGGACGAUGACAUCACAACGUCGCAAGCCCGACGACAAAGUGGUGAAGAAGAAGAAGAAGCCGGACAAAGGCUCGGGCAAUCGCUACCCAAGUACCUUUGGCGCAACGGCACGGCCGUCAUCUACCCGGAAGACCCGGAGGAGUGGGAGGCGCCUUUCGGCCGGGACGACGACGACGGCGCCGUUGGGGAGGCGGAGACGGACGCCGCCGGCCGACGCGCUCAAGCGGAACGCGGCGCCGCCGCGCGGAAGCCGAUCGGAGAGCAGCUGCUGAACGACGGCGUUGUCGACCGAAAGUUCAAGUGCGCCGAGUGCGGAAAAGCUUUCAAGUACAAACAUCACCUGAAGGAGCACCUGCGCAUCCACAGCGGUGAAAAACCGUACGAGUGCUGCAACUGCAAAAAGCGCUUCUCCCAUUCGGGCUCGUACAGUUCCCACAUCAGCGGCAGGAAGUGCGCUGGGCCCAUGGGUCCCCGCAGACGUCCGCAAAGGGUCGGGUCCGCCGCCCAGCCCGCCCCGGAGCCCCGCCGCAAGCCUCAAGCCCCGCCGGACGGGCUGAUGGCGGCCUCUCGCCGUGGGCUCGGCGGACCGAGCGGACCAGAGGGCCCCCGGGUCUUCGCCGACGGGUUGGGAAAAUGGAGCGUGCAUUUCCUUCUACCGGCCACCCCGGAGAGCCUGAACGACGGCCGCGCGAUGGGCGGACAAACGACGGACGGGAACCGGGACGGGUUUUCCGAACCCGGAGCUUACUACGAGAAGGAGCUCGGAGCCCGGACGGAAGAGAAGAACCUCCGCGGCGGCCCCGCCGUCGGCUCGGCGGACGACGCCCCGGAGUCGGCCGAGGGUGAAGCGGACCAAAAGGAAGAACAAAAGGCGAGCCGGGCAGACGGACCCAGCUCCGUUUUGUACUCGUGCCGGUUCUGCGAGGAGACCUGCCCGGGAGCCAUUCCGCUCCAUCAGCACGAGCGCUACCUGUGCAAGAUGAACGAAGACAUCCGAGCCGUUCUGCGGCCGGCCGGGCUCGCUCCGGGUUCGGGUUCCUGGGAAUGGCCUCGCGCUGGCCCCGGGACCCCUUUCGAGGAUCGCCCGUCGCUCGCGCGGAGCGAGCGGAGCGCCGACGCGCAAGCCGACUCGGAGGAACUGCUGAAGAUUUCCUUAGCCGUGGGCCUUCCGCAAGACUUUAUUUGGGAGUGGUUCGCUCAGCGGAACGGCAGCCCUCCCGCGGGCGGCGGAUCAGAAGCGCGCCGGUUCUCGACAUGUUCGCCGGUGUCGUCGAACGGCGACGCCUACCCGGGACAGUUGACAAGAAAGAGUCCGGGGGAUCGAGCGCCCGACGCCAGUCGCUCGCCGCUCAACUUGUCGUCCUCGUCUUCCAAACACUCGCAGAGUAGCUCCCACGCACUGAACAGCCCCGUCUGGGAGGACCUUGGCGCCGAUACUCCGCUCGAUCUUUCCGUGCCCAAGAGCCCGUCGCGUGAACGCGCCAGGAAAACCGGAUCCGACGCUCUCCAACCGGAAUCCGGCGGCGACCACGUCAGCAAAGAGUUCCCGGACUCUGAGGGCGGCAGGAACUGCCCGCGGAUGGAAAAAUGGCCCCCCCUUGGCAUCGAUCCCUCGGCGCCGCGUCCGGCCCACUUGCCCGCGCCGCCGCGGGGCACUCUACCGCCGGCCAUGUUGCCGCCCCCCUCCCGGUACCCACUCCCGGACUCGGGUGUCGGCUUCACGGCCCGAAUGGCGUACGCCUACGCUUGCGGCUUUGCCGACGUGGCGCGCGGCGGACAAACGCGAUGGACAACGGCGUUCCAGGGGGAGCUGUUGGACGGGGCUUUGGACGACCUGUCAGGUGCGGAGCAGCUGACAGAAAGCCAGCCAACAGUGAAGACGGCGAGCGGCGGUGGCGGUGGCGCGUACGCCUGCGACUCGUGCCACAAAACCUUCCAGAAGAGCAGUUCCCUCCUAAGACACCGAUAUGAGCACACAGGCAAGCGUCCUCACCAGUGCGGCGUCUGCCACAAGGCCUUCAAGCACAAGCACCACCUGAUCGAGCACUCGCGUCUGCACUCGGGAGAAAAGCCGUACCAGUGCGACAAAUGCGGAAAGCGCUUCUCGCACUCGGGCUCGUACUCGCAGCACAUGAACCACCGCUACUCGUACUGCGAGAGGGAGGCCCGGGAGAGGCGGGCCCGCCCGCCGCCGCCGUCGUCCGACGCCGUCCACCCGCGCCGCCCCGCCGGACUCUCGGACCCCCGGGGCGCCGGCCGCUUCUCCGCGGCGACGGCUUUCGGGGAGGAGGAAUUCCGGACGCGCUCGGCCGGGGACCCGGACCGCCGUGCUGACCUUUGACCGCGACCGGUGGGCCAUCCGCGCGUUCAAGUCCCGAGCCUCGGCUCAGAUACAUCCCGCAAAGUGAAGCUUGGCUCAGCUAAGUGAUGCUAAUACAGCCAAGCUAGCGGGAGCGCAGGCGGGGGGGGGGGGGGGGGGUGCCCACCCCCGACAACCGCUCCCCAUCCGACGUCCUUGGAGAGCGGCUAAAGUUGAAACGGCCCGCGAUUCGCCGAGCGCGGCUUCCUGUGGCGCCUGAGGUCGCAGGGGCGUGUCCUCCCUGUAUGCGGGAGCCAAUCAUAUUGCAGCGCGGGAUUCAUCGUGACGUGACGUCCAUGGAAUAGAAGGCCAACAAAAUGCUCCCAGAAAGCUUUUUCUCGUGAACACGCCCUUUCAUCGAUGGACAAUAUCGCGGCUCUGCUGACUGGUGGCAAUUGAUGAAUGAAAUAUUUCC